AUGUUCUGUUCAUCCAAUGAUCUGCUGAAUGGUCAAUAUAAUACAUAUGAUGAUGAUGAUUGUUUAGAUUUCUACGCAAACGAGGAUAUUACAAGUUAUAAUCCAGAACUUGAACAAUCAUAUCGAAUGGAACAUCAAAUCGUUUCUUUUUGUCAAUGUGAUAAUUUUCAAGAAGGAUCUUUUACAAUUGACCGUGAUAUUCCAGCAUUGACGUUUCAUGAUUUGCAUCAGCGUAAUAUUACUGGCGUUCAGUUAUAUUCGUGGUCAGCUCAUCUAGAUGUUAUUGAAGAAUAUGAAGCUUUUCGUCAAAAUUUUAUCGAUGAUCGAAUUACUGCAUCCUUGUCGAUAUUCUACAAUUGUUCUUCGAAACAUAAAUUUGGUCAAUUCUGUCAAUACUCUUUUGACUUCCAGGUACCUUUCGAUCGCCUUGUCAAAGAAGUGUUAACAAAAACUCAUCCAGUUUCAUCAAGUACUACUUGUUAUUUGCAUUUGAAUUGUACGCGUGAUCAAAUGUCAUGGUGUUUGGAUUGGCGUGAGAUAUGUGAUGGAAAAGUUGAUUGUUGGCCUAUUCCUGUGGAUGAACAAAAUUGUGAGAAGCUGAAAGAAAAUGAAUGUGGACCCAACGAAUAUCGAUGUUUUAAUGGUCAAUGUAUUCCAGACACAUUUUUAUCUGAUAAUGUUUUUACUCCAGAUUGUCUUGAUCGAACUGAUGAAGAUUUACUGGAAGGAACACUAUACCCCGAGAAUUGUGAUAAGGGUGAUCCAGCAUUCCGAUGUACAGACAUCACAUAUCCUUAUUGGACGCAUUCUAGUCUCUCCUGUUGUAAUCCAUCAUGUGGUAGAGAUUCUUGUCGAGCUCAUCUUUUCGAAACAUUUGAGCAUAGUUUGUUAUCAUACAAUGCUAAUACUCAUAUUACAGAAGAAUGUUGGGUUGUUAUAAUCUGUCUUGCUCAAGCAACUCGGCGAAUUUCUUUUGUACGUAUGUUAAAAAGUUGA